CCGUGCACAGUUGAGACUGCCCCCUGCUGUUAGCUCCUAUGUCGUCGGCAGAAAGCAGACGGAGCAACUUGAAGUUAGCUUUCCAUGCAAACUGACAAAAGUAGUACCGGGACACUGACUGCUAGUUUUUACACACUUCGAUGGACACUGUUCAGAAAGCGAUGGCUGGGUUUUCUCUGGACCUUGGACCGCUGAAGGAACCUUUGGGAUUUAUUCGUGUCCUCGAAUGGGUCUUUUCAAUCUUUGCCUUUGCCACCAUCGGAGGGUACACUGGGACGACCCACCUCACAGUCAGCUGUCCAGACAGUGACCGACCUGUGGAGGCGUUUUUUGCCUACCCGUUCAGGUUGGCAAUGAAGCCGUAUUGUCCACUACUGUGUAACGGCUCGUGCACUGAGACCUAUCUGCAGGGCGACUUCUCCUCUUCAGCGCAGUUCUUUGUGUGUGUUGGUGUGUUUGCCUUCCUUUACUGCACCGCCACACUCGUAGUCUACCUGGGCUACCGGAGCGUCUACCUGCAGACCAGCCGUGGUCCCGUCAUAGACCUGCUGCUGACCGCUGCCUUUGCCUUCCUCUGGCUCGUGUCCUCCUCGGCCUGGGGCAAAGGCCUGACCGACGUUAAAUACGCCACUGACCCCAACCACCUGGUGCUGCUGUGUGGCAGCUGUAAAGCAGGAGAGUUUCCUUCCAUGGGCAGGCUCAACGCCUCUGUGAUCUUUGGCUUCUUGAACCUGAUCCUGUGGGCAGGUAACUGCUGGUUCAUUUACAAGGAGACUCCGUUCCACAAGCUCCCUGCCCCCCCCAGCCCCACGCAGGAAGGCGGAGCCCCGGGACCCUAAUCAUAUAGUUAGGGUUCCCCAGCACAGCCAUGCACGCUUAAAGAAAAGCUUGAUGUCCCACACUGAUGUAGAGAACCCCCCCCAGUGAAACGCUGGUGUUUAGCAGCCCCCUCCAGCUUUAACGUGUCAGGACCCUCAGCUCACACUCACAGCAGCUCCCAGCAGGACCCAACAUCUGCUCUGGAUCCAGCUGCUGCUGGCCUGCUGCCUGAAACCGUCACACUACAGUCUGUUUGAAACACUCGUGUGUUGUGAAGCUGCUUACACACUGUGUGCUUCCUGUUUCACUGCAGUACUGUUAUACUACACUGUGUCCAUGUAACACUAGUAACAUUAUUUAUGUUUGACUCUGAAGUUUCACUGUGCAGCAGCAGCGUGAUCACAGCACUGACUGUUUGUGUUGUUGAUGCUGGAAUUGUGUUGAUGCAACAGGAGAAAAAGACUGAAACGUG